AUGGCGCGCGGCAGCGCUAUCAUGCUGGCUUUAGCAGUGUUUUUACUAGCUGACCAGUGCUCUCAUGCCUCGUAUAUCGAUCCAGGAGACGACGACAUUGAAAUAAAUGGCCCCGACUACGAUGAAGAUCCCUCUGAUUUACAAAUCUUACAAGAUGUUGGCAAACGAUCGUCGCUGAUCUACGUUUUCAGGCGUGCGUGUAUUCGGCGUGGCGGCAAUUGCGACCACCGACCAGGGGACUGUUGCCAUUCUUCAUCAUGCCGCUGCAACCUUUGGGGCUCCAAUUGUCGUUGCCAGCGCAUGGGGCUCUUCCAGAAGUGGGGCUGA